AAUGAUAAGUCUUUGGUACCCGAUCAAAUUUCUCAAGAGACGGAUAGUGAUAAGGAUGGCAAUAUACCAUUCGAAAAAUGGUGUUCUCCUUCGAGUUUUAGCUCAGAUUCUGACGAUUCGACUUUAAAAAAAAAAUGCAUGAGCUAUGAGGAAUUAGAAAAAUCCCUAUAUGCAGUACUCGAUUCCAAUGUUAAAUUAAUCGAACUCAAUAAAAAGUUGCGGGUUGGCCGAAGGCAGUCACAUAGUGGCUAUAAAAAAGAAUCUGAUAACUUAAACGAAAAAAUUACCAAUAUCGGUAUAGAGAAAGCAAAAAUAGAUUAG